GAUUCAUCAGUUGUAUGCGUGAAACUACCUGAUUGUAAUUACAUAAUAGCAGCUAUAAAAGAGGAAAGAUUUGUUUAUUCUACAACAGUAGAUCAUAUAGCAAGUGUCCGAGAAGUAAGCAUUCGUGCCAAUAAAUUGUCGUAACUCCAGUAAAGAUGAAGGGUAUAAUAACGUUAAUGUUUUGUGCGGUACUACUAUUGUCUAAUUUCGGGUAUAGUAAAUCUGAUCCAGAAUGGUGGCAGUCCAUGUCCCUUUAUCAAAUUUAUCCCAGAAGCUUCAAGGAUAGCGAUGGUGAUGGUAUCGGAGAUCUUAAAGGUAUCAUGAGCAAACUGGAACAUCUCACCGAAUCGAAUGUUGAUGCUUUUUGGUUAUCUCCGAUUUAUCCUAGCCCGAUGGUCGACUUCGGCUAUGAUAUUUCUGACUUUGUCAAUAUCGACACGACGUAUGGCACUAUGGAGGAUUUUGAGGCACUCACAAAGGCCACGCAUGACGCGUCAAUGAAGAUCAUUAUGGAUUUCGUUCCUAAUCAUUCAUCGGACCAGCACGAAUGGUUCGAAAAAAGUUUGCAAAGCAUAGAACCUUACACCAACUAUUAUGUAUGGCAUGAAGGCAAGGUGCUGCCGAAUGGGACGGUUACGGUGCCGAAUAAUUGGGUGAGCGUGUUUGGCGGAUCAGCAUGGACCUGGCGUGAAGAACGACAAGCGUAUUAUUUGCAUCAAUUCGCAUACCAACAACCUGAUCUCAACUAUGAGAACGAGAACGUGGUAAACGCAAUGAAGGAUGUCAUGAGAUUUUGGCUCGACAAGGGGGUGGAUGGCUUCCGGGUGGAUGCGAUACCACAUUUGUGCGAGGAUGUCAGAUUCUUGGACGAACCACUCACGGGUAAUCCAAAUCCUGAUGACUACGGCUAUACGCAUAAGAUAUACACAAAGGAUCAACUGCGUACCUAUGAGAUGGUCAAAGGAUGGCGAGAAGUGCUAAACGAAUAUUCGGAUCAAAAAGUUCUAAUGAUGGAGGCUUACGCGAAUAUGACAAUGACGAUGAAGUAUUAUGUGUACGGCGCACACUUUCCCUUCAAUUUUGCCUUCAUUACCGAUACGGAUCGAGAUUCCAAGGCAACCGAUUUCAAGAGAUUAAUCGACAGAUGGAUGGUAAACAUGCCUGUUUUGAGAGCAACUGCUAACUGGGUGGCUGGAAAUCAUGACAACUCGCGAUUGGUCACCCGUUACGGACGGCAACGAGCGGAAGCUGUAACCAUGAUAACUCUACUGCUUCCGGGAGUGGGUGUAACUUAUAACGGGGAAGAAAUCGGCAUGGAGGACACGUGGAUCUCAUGGGAAGACACCAAAGAUCCGCAAGGUUGCAAUGCCGGCAAAGAUGGUUACGAGAAAGCAUCUCGAGAUCCCGUAAGGACGCCGUUCCAAUGGGAUGACACCACUUCGGCUGGAUUCUCUACAAAUUCGACAACGUGGCUACCGGUUAACAAAAACUAUGUGACACUUAAUUUAGCCGCGCAAAAAAAACAGGACAGCUCCUACUAUGCUCUUUAUAAAGCGGUUGCUGCUCUACGAAAAUGGCCUGCGGUUAAAAGUGGAGCCUUAACCACGAGGUUAUUGGACGAUGAUGUCCUCGCUUUUACCAGAAAAAUUGAUGGAGAGCAAUCGGUUUACGUAGUGGUAAACUUUGCAAAUAAAGAAAAAACUGUUGAUUUAUCAGUACUUGUUGACACAUCAAAUGAAUUAAGCGUUUAUUAUGCUACUACAAAUGCUCACCAUCUUAUUGGGAACGUUAUCAAAGAUGUUCGCAACUUGAAGAUUCCCGCAUCAGGAGCUGUGAUAUAUAUUAGCGCCAUGUAAGUAAAAAGCCGUGGAAAUGAAUAUUUGAAACGAGGCAUCAUAUUUUUCAACGUAAUUAUAUCUGAAGUUCUCUAGACGAAAAGGCGAAAUUACUCAAUCUUUAAAAUAUAGUUUGAUUUGUAAUCUCCA